GGGGGGGAAUCGAGGGUGCAAGGGAGGGGGGUCAUGCCUCACGCAUAACAUUUCCUAAACGUUACUGUUAAGCCAAGGAAGGAUCAGUACCGCGAGCCCGUUCAGCCAGUGUAGCGGCGACCAGCGAAGUGGCCCAACGCGCCAUGCUGCUCCUACGCCCCUCGUCUAGACCCCGCCCGCCCCGCCUCCGCCUCUUUCCGCUCCUUCCUCUCCUCCUGCCGCUGCUGCUGGGUAAAACACACGGGGCCUUACCUGAAGACCUAAUAUGGGAAAUCUACCCAAAACAGGUGGCCCUCGGGGAGACCAUCAGCAUCAGUUACCAGCUGGACAAGAGCGCCCCGCCCUUCACCCUCGCCAUAGAUGUGAAUCGCGUGAGACUCGAAGUAAUGGAGUUCGAUGAGACUCCUGUGUACGGUAUGACGAUGCACAAGAUGAACGCAACAGGCAGACAUGAGGUGGCCUUGACCCUGAAGUGGGGGCCGGGCAAGGGGGCAACUCUCAAGGGAGACGUGUGGGUGUACAUCCCCCUCAAGCCCAGCCACGUCUCCCUCUCCCUCACCAACGUCACCCGCACUCCCCCUGGGGAUGUUACGAUGACCCUGAACCUCACCUCGGACGGGGAGCUGCCCACCCUAGUCACCGGCACCAUCACGUGGGGUCAAGGUCAGGCUAGCAAGGAGAUCGACUUCUCGGAGCAGACGGCCCCCGGGUCACUGCGCAACAUGUCGGAGAUCAUUAAGUACAGUUACCCAUCCGCCGGCUUCUUCCCAGUGGAGGUGGUGCUGGGGAACCCUAUAUCCAGCAUCACACUCAAGUCGCAGGCAAGUGGUGAUGAUGGUGGUGAUUGUGGUGAUGAUGGUUGCAAGGGGUGGUGA